CGGUGAAUAUCUCUCAUUGCCUUUACAGUCCAGACAGUCUUUUCCAGCCGCACUUCAUAAACUGUUAUACUCUACAUGAGGCGCUUUUCUAUUUAUUGGAGGUACUGGAUAUAUUAGACUAUUAAAUAUAUUUUAAUAGCCUACUAUUAAUUAAUUAACUAACAUUUUCGAAUGAAAUACAAAGGAGCUUGGACUUCCUCCUACUUUUUUAGACGGGAAAUAUUUGGAAAAACCGGAUUAAAGUGGACAGUGAAGGUGGAAUUCCUUGAAUAACAUCACAGACAUGGAAAAUAAUAUGUAGAAAACAGUGACUGGACAUUACGGAGGCUGUUAUAGUGCAACAUCAAGAAUGAAGCUGCUGAUGUACAAAGCAGCAGAUGACCAAUAAAGAGGUUCAACAAGAAACCAGCAGUGAAUACUUGUGAUCUGACCUGGAUUAAGCUUGGUCUCACAGUGAAAGCAGGCCGUGUCUGACAUAAGGAAAUGAAAAGAGAACGUUUUAAGCCACCAGAACCAGAUGACCCUUUAUGUUGCUGUGGAGACAUUGACCAGCAAAGAGAGUACUGCUGCUGUGAUUGUGAAGAACUUGAUGAUGCCUGUGAAAGAUUACUCAGAAGAGAGCCAGAAAAGCCAGACAUCUUCUCUCGUUUCGUCUCACGCAUUGCUAAUCGUUUGGGUUUGCCUUGUGCCAUAGGACCCCUCCGAUUGGAGCUGUCUGUCCUGCCUCCCAUGGUAUUACUGCCUGGCCUGUUGCGGGUGGCAGCAAUAAAUUGUAUGCUGGGAGUUGUAACCUUGACUGCCUUACCAGGACUGGUGCUUUGGUAUUACUAUGUAACUCACAAAAGGAAAAGGCGCACACUGUUUUUCCUUUGUUUGGCACUUUUCUCCCUUGCCUAUAUGUACUACCUUUUCCUCACUGAGAUCCUUCCCAGAGGAGAUGUAAGCAGUCUGCAGGUGGUUACUGCGACAACAGGUAUACUGCUGACGCUCAUCUCCCUUGUGCGCACCAAACAGGGACCAGGGUUCGUCAAAUCCCACUCACUAGCUCUCAACAGCAGCUCUACAACCAAUCAGAGCAAAAACUCAACCGAAGACUCCGCCCCCUGCUAUGGAAUUAAUCUGUCAAAGGGGGAGAUUGAAGAAAAGAAGAAGUGGUGCCCUGUGUGCCGACUGGUGCGUCCACCAAGAGCAGGUCAUUGCAGGAUCUGUGGGGCAUGUGUCCUUCGAAUGGACCACCACUGUGUCUGGAUAAAUAGCUGUGUUGGGCAAGCCAAUCACAAGCAGUUCAUUCUGACUCUGCUUCUCUUCUUGUUGACAUCAUUCUAUGGGAUCAUUUUGGUGUUAAGGAGUAUAUGUCCACACCAGAGUCUAUUCACUGCCAUGUUGUACUGCCCUGGAAUCUACAACCAAUACAGCACAGCACUGUGCUUUACAUGUGUGUGGUACAGCAGCAUCAUAACAGGUGGUCUGCUGUACCUGUUCAUCCUUCAGAUCAUCAAUGUCUGUUAUAACGUAACAGAACGUGAAGCUCAGAUUGCUUUACGCAACAAAACUGGCAGACGGCGUUACUUUGGCCUGGUUGUGGACACUGGCAUCUAUUCACAGGGCGUCCUCCAGAACUGGAUCCAGUUCCUCACCAUGAGUGCAGAUAAGAAUGUAUCCCCCUUGAUCUUCACAGAUGUGGUAUGACCCAUAGGAACGGUAUUAAUCAAAUGAAAUAUGUACUGCAUCUGUAUGUGAUAUGUAGAACACACCUGAAAGUAUGGUUUGGCUUUAAGAGUAACUCAUCUGAAAACAUCGAGACCUCAUUUGAUCAUGUUUGAAACGUGAGUUGGUUGACUCAUUUACCUCGUUUGUAUCAACCAGGAUGCUAGUAUUGUUAGUAAUGGACAGUCUGAAAUUGGCCAGCCAAAUUUGAGGCAGUCAGUCUAGACAGAUGAAAACAUGAAUUUUAAAUGUUCUAUCAUGUACAUUUUCACAUUGUACUUUAUUUCAUAUGUACUCCAACUAGUGGCAAUUAAAAUGGGCGCAUUGAAUUAGGUCACUACAUGAUUCAAUACAUGUGUGCAUUCACAGCAGGAUUUUCAUGAAAUUAAACUGCAUACUCUCACAUCAAACAUAGUUUUACCCAUAAAGGUUACAACCACGGAUGGAUUAACCUCUAGGCCAAUUGGGCCGUUGCCCAGAAGCCUCUAAACCCAAAGGGCCCCAAGCUCUAAAUCAAUUAUUUAUUUAUUUUGAGAUAUUUAUUAUAAAUCGAUUUUGGAUCAGUUCAUAUUAAAAAGUACAUAGCCUAUAAUUCGCCAUGUAAGACAAUGCUCCAAACAUUUCUUCCAUCAAUUUGAAAAAUCCAACCAAAUCUGCUAAACGUCCUGUAGCACAUCAAGGUGAACAUAGUUGUAACGUACGCUAAGCAAUGCCAGGCUGACGAAGAUGAUGAUGCUGUGAAGAACCCAAGAGCAGUUUAUUUACAUAAGUGAAAUCCAAAAACCGUAAAUCCGAACGUGAACAAAACAAACAUGAACUUGACUAAAAAACAAAGCAUAAACAUGAAUUUGUCUUGACUGUACUUAACUAGAGCAAAAACACGACAUUACACAAAUAAUACCUGACAAUGGACAAUGGCAAACAAGAGGGUUAAAUGCUUGGACAAGGGAGAACACAUGACAAUGAAAACCAAUGAACACUUAGAACUCUAAACAAGAUAACAAGACUGCUAACAACCUAAUGAAACAAUGAACCAAUGAGGGCAAGACACAAGAACAUGGGAAAUGUCCUGGUUACUUGCGUAACCUCCGUUCCCUGAUGGAGGGAACGAGACGUUGUGUCGAUGUAGUGACACUAGGGGUCACUCUUGGGAGCCCGAGACACCUCUGGUCUUUAAUAAAAGAAAAAAAUGGUAUUUGCAUGCCACUCCCCCGGACAUAGGGGUAUAAAAGGAGCUGGUAUGCAACCACUCAUUCAAGUUUUAUGCUGAGGAGCUGAGACAAGGUCCGGCCAUUUCAGCAGGUAGUUCAGCAUUGUGGCAGGAGGGACACAAUGUCUCGUUCCCUCCAUCAGGGAACGGAGGUUAUGCAAGUAACCAGGACAUUCCCUAUCUGUCACUCACUCGACGUUGUGUCGAUGUAGUGACACUAGGGGUCCCUAUACAAAACGCCGCAACUGGCUGAACUGUGUUACGUGAACUGGCGGUCUGUGACGGGCAGACAACUGUGUGCCUCAUAGCCAGCACACCAGGCCGAUAUGUAACCUCCCUCAACAUAGUUAUGAGUGUCGAACGGCCCUUUGGAGACAAGUCAGCUACCCAAAAGAUAGAGACAGGCUAGCCCAGUCGUGGCCUCUUUUCCCCUUCUUUUUUUCCCCUCCCUAAAAAAGAAGGGGGAUUAUCCGACUGGGCCGCCAGGUCUAGUCGGGGGGUGUCCCUCCAAAGGGGAGGACACCGCGUAGACCACACCUCGCCCAGAGAGAGGGGGGGAUAUUUAAGUGGAAAAUAUGUCACAUGGUCUUGCUGACCAUGUGGAGAAUCUCAUGGUAGAUCCUACCCAACGGGGGAGGAGUUACUACAAACAUAGAGACUGUGGCAGAGGGGGCUCUGCCCAAGGAAGAUGCGGUUUGCCAACAGUGAAACGAAUUAGCGGAAGAUAUACAUCGCAUGGGGUUACCUUACAGGGAACUGCCACAUGCGGAGCACCUACCCCAGAACAGUGCUCUUAGUUAGCACGUGUACUGGGCCAGGAGCGAGUCUCUCUGUAAACUCGACUGCCACAGGGCUCGGAGGAAGUCAACCAGGGAACAUAGUUUGUGAACACUACUGGGAAUUAAUGGUGCACCUCUUCAGCUCAGAGGAGGUGAAAGGCGCUAUGUGCAAGUGAUACACCUGCUUGCACAUAGCGCUUGUACUGCGUGCCACUACCCGGGACGAAACCAGUUCCACCCGGAGGUUGUAGAACCUCGCAAAGGUGUUGGAUGUUGCCCAGCCCGCUGCUCUGCAAAUGUCUGUUAGAGAGGCACCCCUGGCCAGGGCCCAGGAGGUCGCUACACCCCUGGUAGAAUGGGCUCGUAGCCCUAGCGGGGGUGGCACGUCCUGGGCAUGAUAUGCCAUAGCUAUGGCAUCAGUGAGCCAGUGGGUGAUCCUCUGUUUUGAGACAGCGCUUCCUUUCCGCUGUACACCAAAGCAGACAAAGAGCUGCUCAGAGAUCCUAAAGCUCUGCGUGCGAUCCAAAUAGAUGCAUAAAGCGCACACUGGACACAGCAACGACAGGGCUGGAUCUGCCUCCUCCUGGGGUAGUGCUUGCAGAUUCACCACCUGGUCCCAAAAAGGGGUCGUGGGAACCUUGGGCACAUAGCCCGGUCGGGUCUCAAUAGCCCGAGGGAGAAGCCGCUGAAAUGUGCCGUCAGAUCCAGCAGAGGUGAAUGAACAGUCAGCUCAGUAGACAUCGACCGUUCGGCUCCGAAGAGAAAAGCUGAAUGAGUGGUUGCAUGCCAGCUCCUUUUAUACCCGUAUGUCUGGGGGAGUGGCAUGCAAAUACCACUCGCCAAUUUUCAUUGGCCUUUUAUCAAAGACCAGAGGUGUCUCAGGCUCCCAAGAGUGACCCCUAGUGUCACUACUUCGACACAAUGUCGAGUGAGUAACAGAUAGGGAACACAUGACAAGAACACAUGACAAGGAAACAGGAACUAACAUGGCAUGGAACAAAAACACAUACAACCCUGAUAUAUCCUCCCCUCUAGGGGCAGCUCCCGAUGCCCCAAAACAAAAACACAUAGUUCAAGAGGGAGCUGGGUGGUGGCCGUCGCAACUUGACGUGGUUACGUGGCAUGACAUGGAAACAUGGUGAAACAAGGUGUGGGGCAUGGCCUGGUGAGACAGGAGUUGAGCCAUGACGCUCGAGGGGUGGAGCCAUGGAAAGCAGAGCCAUGAGAGGCUCGAGGGGCGAAACCACGGAGAACUGGAUAUCCGGAGAGUAGCCGAAGACUCGAAGGGCCAGGGUGGAGCUGGAGGCAGGGAGGACCAAGGUGGUGCCGGAGGCUUGGAGGAGCCAGGCGGAGCUGGGGGAUCAGAAGACUGAGGCAGAGCCGGUGGGGCUGAGGACCAAGGCGGAGCCGUAGGGAAGAAGGUCCCUGGUGGAGCUGAAGGAUCGGAGAGACGAGGCGUAGCCAGAGGAUCAGAGAGCCAAGGCGGAGCCAGGUUACUGACAGACCAAGGAUGAGCUGGAGGGACGAGGGACCACGGUAAAGCCGACAGGCUGAAGGACCACGGUGGAGGCGAGGGAACGUUUAGCCGAGGAGAUGUCGAGGGAUCGACAGGCCAAAGUGGAGUCCAGGGCUCGGAGGGUCUAGGCGGAGUCGGAGGAUUUCUCAGAGGACGAUGAUCGAGCCGAUGGCUUGGGGGGAACUGGCUGAUCAGGAGAACUCAGGGUGGGCACAAGGGCGGGAACCAAUUCCAACUCAAAUAGCCCAGUGAGAGAUGGCUCAGGAACAGACAAGGUUUGCAACGCUGGCUCUGGGACGGACGAGGCUUGCAACGCUGGUUAGUUGGAUGUGGCAGACGUGGGCAUUGGCUCGUUGACCGUGGCAGGCUUGGCCAUUGGCUCAUUGACCAGAGGUGAGCCUGAGACAUUGCAUGGAGCAGACUGAAGCUUGGCUGUGACAUGGCAUGGAGCAGUCUCAGGCAUGGCUGUGACAUGGCAUGGAGCAGACUGAAGCGUGGCUGUGACAUGGCAUGGAGCAGGCUGAGGUGUUGCUGUGACAUGGCAUGGAGCAGGCUGAGGCAUUACUGUGACAUGGCAUGGAGUAGACUCAGGAUCUGGGGCAAAAGAUGGCACUAGCUCAGCAGCCAUAAUGAGGAACUCUGGCUCGUCGGCCAUGACAUGGAACUCUGGCUCGGCGUCCACCUCCCCCACAGUGAACGAUGAAUCACAAAUUAAUAGGGCAAGGUCGAUAUACUGAGCCAGGCUGUACUCUGACCGCCUGGCAUCAGGGAAGAGAUUGGCUCAUUAAGUCCAAAGCGAAAACAGUCCUUGAGGGCAGUCUCAUUAAAAUCGACAAGGUAGCAAAGACCACAAAACUCAGUGACAUAAUCUUCCAGGGGACGAUUCCCCUGGCGUAAACGAAGAAGCUGGAUUGCUGUGUUCAUUUUGUCUCUGGUCAGGUAUUCUGUAACGCACGCUUAGCAAUGACAGGCUGACGAAGAUGAUGAUGAUGUGAAGAACCCAAGUGCAGUUUAUUUACAUAAGUGAAAUCCAAAAACCGUAAAUCCAAACUUGAACAAAACAAACAUGAAUUUGACUUAACUUGACUAAAAAAACAUAACAUGAACAUGAACAUGAACAUGAACUUGACUUGACUUGACUUGACUUAACUUAACUAGAACAAUAACACAACGUUACACAAACAAUACCUGACAAUGGACAAUGGCAAACAAGAGGGUUAAAUACUUGGACAAUGGAGAACACAUGACAAUGAAAACCAAUGAACACUUAGAACUCUAAACAAGGUAACAAGACUGCUAACAACCUAAUGAAACAAUGAACCAAUGAGGGCAAGACACAAGAACAUGGGAAACACAUGACAAGAUCACAUGACAAGAAAAGAGGAACUUACAUGGCAUGGAACAAAAACACAUACAACCCUGACAGUAGUCACGUCAUGGGGGGCCUCCAUGGUGUACUGGCCCAUGGGCCUCUCAGUUCAUAAUCCAUCCUUGGUUACAACUCUAUGGCAUAAAUCAACACUAAUUCAAAUAAGUUACAUAAAUAGCCAUAUGUAGGCCCACACGGGAUCUUUACCCACAAAACAUGCUACAGAUUUUCACCGAAUUAGAACACCCAUCAUUCACAAAGUUCUACUCAUCCCCCACCACUUGUGUUUUUAUUUACAUUUAUGCAUUUGGCAGACGCUUUUAUCCAAAGCAACAUACAGUGCCCUUAUUACAGGGAUAAUACCCCUGGAGCAACCUGGAGUUAAGUGCAUUGCUCAAGGACACAAUGGUGGGGGCUGUGGGGAUUGAACCAACAACCUUUUAGUUAACAGUUCAGUGCUUUAGCCCACUACACCACCACCACUCAGAGUCCUUCUGGGCCUGGAUUCUGCAAGCUGAGUAGAGAAUCAAAAAGUUUGUGUUUUCAUAGUGACAGAUAUAAGAAAUGUAAAAAGUAUUAAGAAAAUGUGAGCUUAAUGUUAUGAAUAUGAUAAAAAAGCCUCAGUAAAUAAAAUGCAACACUGUGAAGUCUCCCAAAAUUACUGCAAUUAACCCUAAAAAGGGCAAUAACAUAAAGGAAUCCUUGAAAAUGUAUUAAUUGUUAUUCCAACACAUUAGGGCCCACCCACAAACACACAAACACAAAAAAGUAAUAAUUCAAGAUGUACACAUUUAAAUUUCAUAACAAAAUUCCAUCAAAUUGAAUUGUUAUCUUUAAUAAUUAUUUAUUUAAAAGUUUCAUUAAUUACAUUUUGUUAUAAAAUGAAAAUACGUAAAUCUUAAAAAUAGGCUAAAAUAUUUUUUUGAGUGUACAUUUCAAAGUUUUUUUUUUUUUUUUUGUAAAUAUUGCUUAUAUUUUUUCAUUUUAAAGCUUGUAGAAAUCAUGAAAAUAACACUGAAAAGAUAAUUUUACCUCGAAGGUCAGCUGCCUUUUCAAAAAAAUUUACCAUGUUACUUUUAGACAAAGAUUUUGAGUUGAUACCAGAAUUUAUAAACAGUCACAUGAUCUCAGUAUUUGCAGGGUGGGUUUUCAAUAUUUGUUUACAGAAAUUUGACAGGAAAACUCAUUGCUCCUCUCCCCAGCCCCUUAAAAGUUUGUAUCCUUUUUAAUAUUAAGAAAUGUCCAUUAAUAAGCGAUUAUUAGAUAUAUUUAGUAUUGAUUUCUCUGUUAAGGUUUACAUUCAUGAUCACAGAGUGAUGCAGUCAUCUCUUUUGCCUUGGUAGCUUCCCUUAGUACUUAAGUGUAAAAUGCCCAGUGGUAGAAUUGCACAUUUGAAUUGUAUAAUUUCACAGAGUGCUUGUUUAUAAAUGCAUCUUGAUUUGCUAUUGUGUCUCAUUUGUGGCAGUUCUUUUAAUAUUACUGUUACGGCAGGUGGUAUGGGGACAAGAGUAAGCUCAGUGGGGAAAAGCAUACAUUUGUAUAAAAUUUAUGUCAAUAUAUUUCUUAGAAUAAUUUUAAUAAGUGGGUGUGCCACUUCUGUGAAACAAACUAAUCAGAAAAGAUUACUUGCCAUGAUAAUGAACAUUUUAAAACACAUUAUUCUAUUGUCAGGUUAAUAAAUCAAUAUGUAUAUACAUUUUUACAGCAAAUUUAAAAUUCUUGUCAUUUUAAAUAUGCUGCUACCUUUUGUAGUGUGCUUUCUCAGGAUAUAACACAAACAUUGUUAUACAUUUUCUUGUAAUGACAGAUUUCUGUUUCAGUGUUCAUUUAACAAAAAUGUGUAGAGGUGUCCACAAUAAAUGUAUUUGAUCAUCUAUAUUAAAGUACUGAUCACAUA